UUAUUGGAUAUGGAAAUAGGUUUUAAUAGGGAAUUGAAAUUUGAGAUUGUAGUUGCUCAGUUAAAUAAUAAUGAAGGGAAAUGGAAGGCAUUUCGGGGUUUUUAAAUACCGGACUCAUUGGGAGAAUUUGAGGAAUAAGUAUUAGGAUCCAAGAGAUGGCAGUAGUGCAACAAUAAUGAAUGCAAGCUCCCGUUAAAAUCCAAAGACGAGGAAGAAAAACUCCAUUCCGGGUUUUCCAACCAAUCCACAAAGAGAAGCCCAAACAACCAAGUACACCUCGGAUCGUAAACUUCAACUCCAACCUGCGGCAGAAAACACUCAGAGAAAAAUCAUGUGAUUGGACUCACGGAACAGGUGCUGGCGGUAAGGCACUGCACUGCUGUCCACCUCGAUUUACAGACAAGCCUCUCUAGUAGAGAGACUACUUCCUGCGGUGCCUUGAGUUUCCAGCCGAGGUUGUCUGUAAUGUGAACCCCCAGGAUCUCCACUGCUCUGUCGUUAAUGAGGAGAGGUAUAUUUGUAGGUGUAUGGAAUGUGUUUGGUGCCAAGAAGAAUGUAUUCUUAUACCAGACUGAAACUCUUUCCCAUUGACAAGAAUCCCACUGCCAGAUGGAGUUUUCAUUUAAAGCUGUUGACGUUCCUGCUCUUUGUGACUGUCAUCGGGGUGUUUUUAAAGUCUGGUAACAUCGAAUGGCUCUGGUUUCAAGAUCAAAGUCAGCCUGAUGGUCAACAUGAUGGUCAACAUGAUGGCCAGCAUUAUUUCCAGCAUGAUGGUCAGGAUGAUCAUGCUGAUAAAAGUCAGCGAGAUCUGGAUUAUUCUGAGGAUACUGCGUGGUGUCUUCAUCCUCAGAAAGGUUCUGUCGCGCCAUUUUUGUCUGCCAAGACCAAACUGUCAGAGGACGCUUUCAAAUGGUGGAAGCAUGUACAGAAGGAACAAGGCAACCUCAGUUAUUUUGAAGAAACGGUGAAUAAGCUUUUUGAGAUAUUCCCACCCAUUCCCGAUCUUGGAAAGCCGAAGUUUAACUUGUGCUCGACUUGUGCAGUGGUGGGGAAUUCUCUUAAUCUGAAAGGUUCAAAUUACGGACCUCUUAUAGAUUCCAAAGACAUAAUUAUGAGAAUGAACUUUGCCCCAACCAAAGGCUAUGAAGAAGAUGUGGGCACCAAGACAACGCAUCAUGUCAUGUAUCCGGAGAGUGCAGUUGACUUGGACAACAGUACUCAUCUUGUACUGCUUCCAUUUAAGAUACUGGAUCUAGAGUGGCUCAUCAGGGCCUUUACAACAGGAUUUCAUGGACGAUCCUAUGCACCAAUAAAAUCCAGAAUUCAGGCCAACAAAGAUUUGGUGAUUGUGAUCAGUCCAGCUUUUAUGAAGGACGUCCAUCAAAUUUUGUUAAAAGAGAAGGGAAGUUAUCCUUCCACUGGUUUUCUGACUGUGGUUCUUGCACUUCACAUUUGUGAUGAGAUUAGUGUUUUUGGAUAUGGGGCAGACCGCAACGGACAAUGGAGCCAUUACUUUGAAACACUGAAAGACAAAAGCUUCAAAACAGGAAAACAUCCUGGACAACAGGAGUAUAAAAUACUACAAAAGCUGAAUUUUGAAAAACUGGUGAAACUUUACCCUGGGGCGUGAAUUCUUCUCCUGAAACAGACCUGAUGUAAGGGAGUUGUAGAAAGAAAGGCUGAGUGAAUCAGUGUUACUGUGUCCGUUAAACCUCAAAUGUAAGUUAAGAAAUGUGACGGCUUAGAAGAAAGAGUCACAAAAUGAUCACCAGAUACCAGUGUUUAAAAAAAGAAGCCUUUAGCCUGUCACUCCGUUAUCCAUGUCCAGAUACGUUUCUUUAAAUUUCUGAUGACAUUAGUGCCACCUGCAGGCUUUGGUUAGUUAGUCCCAGAGACGAUGUAAAAGCAGAUCUUUCAAAACAGAAGAAAAAAGAGGGGGAGGGGGUGAAAAUAUUGAGUGGUGGAGCUCGUGUUUGAAACUAAAGGUGCUCCUACAUUGUUUCUUAUAUUCACACUUAUGUUGAUGUACAUACGUACAUCCCUCCUACUUCUGGCUCAGUAUUCUCACAUUUAUCUAUUUGCAAAUUUGUCUGUGGGAUGUGACUGCACCAUUCACUUAGCACAGGUGCACUUCUGGGCCGUGUGCUUAGCCCCCUCUUCUACUUGCGCUACACCUACUAUUUAGUCCAUCAAACUGUGAUCAAGUUCACAGAUGACACCACUGUAAUCAGAGGAGACAUUGAGUCUGCAUAUCAGCAGGAUGUUUAUAUAAUAAUGCCUGGCUCAUUUUGGCUGCAUAUUCCCACAGUAAAUCUGUUUAUUUGGAUGGCUUGUAUUUUUUCGUUUGAAAAUGUGUCUGCACACAGUAGUGGCUUCAGGAAAUUCAAAAUGCAUGUGACUAAUGCCAGUCUGGGCAGGAGGUGGCAGUAGCAAUCUGCAGUAGAGCUGUAUUAUAAAGCAUAAAGUCAGCGUCGGUGUCGGGCAUUGAUACAUUUUUCAGUUUCUUCAGAUAAUUUUAAAUAUUCAACCAUAUACCCAGAGCCAUCUCUAGCCAUUUUGCUGGGCAGGGACAGACUUAUUACUAGGUAAAGCAACAAAAUAAUAAACAAAGCACACACACAUAAGUUCAGAGGAAUUAAAAUAAUAUAGUUUUUCGAGUUUGUGGCAACAUCCACCCAUCUAGAAACUCCUUGUCAAAGCCCAUUUUCAUGUCUACCAGCAGGCAUUGUGUUGCUUUCUGUGCUGCCCCUGUAGUUGUCCAAAUUAAUAGUGCUCUUAUUCUGUUGGGGGUUUAAAAAUACCAUUACAUUUUGAAACUCAACCAGGAUAGAGCAGUCAUUGUCAUCUUUCCCAAGCUCUACAGACAAAAGUAGAACAUGCAAAAGAUUUCCCCAUCGUACAUCCAACUCAGAAUUUUAUCCUCAGACAAUUAAAAUACAUCUGCACAUCUGCAUUACCUUUGUUUCUACAUUCACAUCAAGAAAAUCUUAAGUCAGCAUACAGGGGAUGGUAAAUGACAAAACAAUAUUCAUCUUCCACUGCAUUGCUACUUUUGUCAGUAUUUUUGCCUUUACUGUGGAUCCCUCAUUGGGAAACACACAAACCAGUUUAUUGUGGCUCCGAAACGUUUGCUGGGUUUUACUUCAUGAUAAUGUUGGGAACUCUUUGUUUGCUUUUUCCACUUAAAAGUCCCAAUUGUUGAAAAACAUGAUCUCAUUCAGCAGAUCUGCGACUAAUAUUUUCCUCCAAUACAAAGACGUAUUCACUGUUUCAACUCUGACAGUAAUCCUAUGAGAAUUCAAGGUCGAUACACAUUCCUUGUGCAUCGACCUUGUAGUACAGGAGUUCAGAGGAAUCAACGAUUAAAAUAAUAUAGCCAUUAAUUCCUCACUAUCAACUCUGAUAGUGAAGCUAUCAGAGUUGAAACAUUUGCUUGUGUGAGUGUGGGAUGUUGUGUUGAUUUGGUCAACAAGUCAGCAGGACUGAGCAACAUCCUUGUUUGCUUUUUCUGUAGACUCCGAUCCUCUGACGCCUCACUGUCACCUUGUGAACUGUGACUUGUUACAUUUUGUUACAUCAGCAGAACUUUAGAUCAUGCAUCAUGACAGCCACCUAACUGUUACACACACUUGAGUUACACAUAAAUUUCUACAUUUGAUCUCAGAACUAUGCAGAAUUAUUAUUAUUUUUUUCGUUCUACUUUUGUGACUGUACCAAAGAAUAAUCAUGGAAAGAUCAGAAUGGAAAUAGCAAAUCACAAGGUGAUCAGUGUAAAGCCGAAAUGUUGAAGAGCAAAGUUAAAUAAAAAUAAUGUUUAAGAAUAA